UGCUUCGGUCCCACCUAUGACACUCAGAGAGAAACUAUGAGCACUGAGAAGCACCUUACUGUUUUGUGAUGUCACCUCUGGAAUGUUCUGAGUGCUUUGGUGAUCAACUGCAUAGGACCUGUACCUGGCAUCUCACAUUGCAUUCGAGGCCAAAUUUUACAGGAAAAGGAGAUACCAGAUCUGAAAGCCUAGAAAUUCCAAUCAAUGUGGUUCUACCUCAGAAGGGCACAACUGAGCCCUACUUGAGGGUCCACAACCUGUACAGCACCCCUCCCUGCCCGCGCCAGGCCACUGCGCCCGGGGUGAGCCGCCGGAUCAUCAGCCAGCACUCCUACCCACUCAACCGCUUCUCCUCCGCACCCUUCGACCCCAUGGAGGGCCCCACCUCCCAGGCCGACCUGGAGCUGGACUACAACCCUCCCCGCGUGCAGCUCAGCGAUGAGAUGUUAGUGUUCCAGGACGGGAGGUGGGUGAAUGAGAACUGCCAGCCGCAGUCCCCGUACUUCUCUCCGUCCUCCUCCUUGCACCACAAGCUGCACCACAAGAGGCUGGCCAAGGAGUACCUGCUGCAGGAGGAGAGCAGGUGCCUGCGGGAGGAGAACCGAGCCCUGCGCGAGGAGAACAGGGCGCUCCGCAGGGAGAACAAGAUCCUGCAGGUCUUCUGGGAGGAGCACAAGGCCACGCUGGGCUGCAAGGACAGCCAGCCCCCCUCGCCUCUGCUGCGCAAGGAGAGCGCGUCCCAGGAGGCGGUGCAGAAGGAGCCGGCGGCCCCGCCGGCGCAGCGAAGCACGGAGAGCAGCUCACUGAAGCUGCUUCUGGAGGAGAACCGCACGCUGCAGCAGCUGCUGGCUCAGAGCCAGGACUACUGGGCCCGGGUGGAGGACAAGGCGGGCGCCGCGGAGAGCGGCACACCCGGCCCCUCUCCACUCGAGGAGCCCCACAGCCCGGGGCUGCUGCCCGACCAGGGCCCGGGCCUCUCCUCCCCCUUCGAGGAACCCAAAGGUCCCGGGACCCCGCAGGAGGACGCCCAGAAGCUGCUGUGCGCCCGGCGGGAGCUGAUGGGCAGCCUCUCGGAGCCAUCCAGGGAGGAGGAGGGUAAGGCGAGCCCGGGGCCACUGCAGCUGCUGAGGGAGAUGGGCCAGGCGCUGCAGACCCUGCGCGAGGAGAACCGGCUCCUGCAGGAGGAGAACAGGGCCCUGCACGUGCUGCGGGAAGAGCCCCGCGCCUUCCAAGCGGAGAACAAGGCCUUGUGGGAGAACAAAAAGCUGAAGCUGCAGCAGCGGCUGGUCAUCGACACUGUGACCGAGGUCACCGCCCGCAUGGAGAUGCUCAUAGAGGAGCUGUACGUCUUCAUGCCCACCAAGAACAAGGAUCCCAAGAAGCCCAGCAGGGUCUGAAACCUUCAUAGCAAAGAAGGACACCGAGUUCAGGCAUAGAACAUCCACUGGGUGAAAAAGAGUUCCCUGCUUUUGCUUGUCCCCCGCGGCCACGGACCACCAGCUUGCAGGUGACAGCGGGCGUUUGGCCUCCUGAACUCAGAGAAGCAAUAAAGGCUGUGGAGCCUGAGGGCAACCAA